CUCCAACGUCUCACGAACAGGAUAAAGUAACAGUCCAGCCUGUGUUGUCUCUGUGUGGGAAUAAUUUAUUGAGUUGGUUUUCAAGGGUAUUUAUUACAUUAUGUCUUUGAGAGACUUUGGAACCCAAGGGCAGGAAGUGAAACCUAAAUUUAUGAGUCGUGCCAAACAAUGGACUGAAGAAAUAGAAAAUUUAUACAGAUUUCAACAAGCUGGAUACAGAGAUGAGAUUGAAUACAAGCAAGUAAAGCAAGUAGAUGGGGUGGAUCGUUGGCCAGAUACUGGGUAUGUGAAAAAACUUCAAAGGCGAGAUAACACAUUUUAUUACUACAGUAGAAAAAGAGAAUGCGAGGACAAAGAAGUCCAGAAAGUCAAGGUUUAUGCCUAUUGA